CCCACACACCCUUUCACAUAUAACAUAUAAUAUAUAUACUAUCUUCCCUCGCUCUCUUCACUCCGCUCUCGAUCUAUCUAUCUAUCUAUAGGAAUUGUUCUCGGCUGAUAUGAUUUCUUCCUGGAGACGACGGAGGGCGACUCGGCAGAGGGAGGUUGAGGGCCGGGGGGCGGUGGAGCUGACGAUCCCGACCCACUUCCGGUGCCCGAUAUCGCUCGACUUGAUGAAGGAUCCGGUGACUUUGUCGACCGGGAUCACGUACGAUCGAGCCAGCAUUGAGACUUGGAUUGAAGGGGGCAACUUCAGCUGCCCCAUCACCAACCAGCCGUUGGUGAGUCUUGACCCCAUUCCCAAUCACAACAUUAGGAAGAUGAUCCAAGAUUGGUGCGUUGACAAUAGGGCUUAUGGGAUUGAGAGGAUUCCCACGCCGAGAGUUCCCCUCAGCUCGGUCCAGCUGCUCGAGAUUCUCUCGAAGAUCACGGCCGCGACGCGGCGGGGGGAUGCGGAGGAAUGCCAAUCCUUGGUGGAGAGGAUCAAGAGGCUGGGGAAGGAAAGCGAGCGCAACAAGAAAUGCAUUAUCGCCAAUGGAACAGGCCACGUGUUGGCAUCUGCAUUCGAAGUAUUUUCAAGACCGGAAACGUUCGAGAAGAGCAACGAGGUUUUGGCAGAAGUGUUAUCCGCGAUCGCCACCGUCUUCCCCCUACAAGAAGAAGCCAUUAAACACCUCAAAUCCGAAGCUUCAUUGCAAUCCCUUGUUUGGUUUUUGAAAGGAGGAGACUUAUCAGGAAGAAGAAGCUCAGUUUUGGUAUUGAAAGAGAUCAUUUCAUCAUACCCAGAAAAAGUAACCGAGUUGGCUGAAAUCCAAGGAGCCUUAGAGGGUUUUGUGAAGCUAAUAAAGGAGCCCAUUUGCCCAUCUUCAAGAAAAGCCUCACUUCUCAUAACAUAUCACGCCAUAGCCUCUUCCUCCAAUCCAGAGAGGUUCACAAAGGCCCUUUUGCAAAUGGGGUUCGUCUCCUUGCUUCUCGAGACGCUCGUCGAUGCGGAGAGAAGCGUGUGCGAGAGGGCGUUGGGAGCCUUCGAUGGCAUUUGUGAGAGCAAAGAAGGAAGAGAAGAGGUGUACGGGCACGCGCUGACGAUGCCCGUGAUAGUGAAGAAGAUACUUAGGGUUUCGGAUGUGGCGACCGAGAUAUCGGUGGCCAUUGUUUGGAAGCUUGUAAAGCAUGAGAGUAGGGAAGAUGGAGGAGUUAAAGUAGAAGCACUUCAAGUGGGAGCGUUUCAGAAGCUUUUGCUAUUGUUGCAAGUUGGUUGUAGUGAAUGGACAAAGGAGAAAGCAACUGAGUUGUUGAAACUGUUGAAUGGUCUUCAUAGGGAUAGGUUAGAAUGUAUUGAAUCUUUGGAUUUUAAGGACCUCAAAAGGCCCUUUUGAUUGAGAAAAAUGGAGAAAUUAUUUGAGUGUUUGUAUGA